AUGCUGGAAUCGCUUCCUAAGUUUGCCCUUGUUACUGGGUGCGGCCAAGGCGGGAUUGGCGAAGCCUUGGUUCGAGAGUACAAACGCCACGGCGUUCUGCCUAUUGCCACUAUUCUGCCUUCGGAAUCGAGCAUGCACCUGAAAGAGGCUGGAAUCACCUUCUUGCCGCUGGAUGUGACCAAUGAUGAUUCAAUUGCAAAGUUGAAGCAGAAUGUCAUUAAGAUCACCGGUGGCUCGCUCGACAUCUUGGUUAACAAUGCUGGACUUUGCUACACUAUGACAGCGAUUGAUACGGACGUCACUGCUGUGCAGAAAAUAUUUGACGUGAACGUAUUUGGGCCAAUGAGGAUGGUUCAUCACUUCCACGAUUUGCUAGUCAGAUCUGAAGGGGCAAUCGUCAACAUUGGCUCCAUUGGUGGCAUUGUGCCGUAUGUAUACGGAUCGUCUUACAACGCCAGCAAGGCAGCAUUGCACCAUUGGUCAAGCACUCUACGAGUUGAAAUGGCUCCAUUUAAUGUCAAUAUCCUUACAAUAAUAUCAGGAGAAGUUGGUACAAACUUCCUGAAAACAGACUACGGCAGGAAUAUCCCAGAUGACUCACUUUUCGCUCCACUUGCCGCAGAGUUCACAGAGCACGUGCAGAGAAAACCAAGUAAGCGAUCCAGCCAAAAGUAUGUGUCAGAGAACAACAAGCCUGUGACCUAA